AUGCACUUUGCUGCCCUUGUCGCUCUUGCAGUCAUUGCGUCGUCCGUCCCUAGUCUUGCUGCUAGUUCUCUUCCUCCAAGAUCCCACUUACAGGCCAAUCCCAAACGUGACCCUUAUUGGGCAAAACCGUGGGCACAAACCACUGCUGUCAUUAUCGACGAUUCGACCCCAUCACCUGUCCCAUCAGUGCAGCAUGUUAACAGCAAGACAUCUCUGGGCGAGGUCUUUGUCACUGUCUACGCGACGACAUCUCUGUCAUCCAGACCUUGA